AUGUUUGGCUUCUCACUUUCUUACUAUCAGGAGCGUAUAAUGGCAGCACCACGGAAUACAGCCGCUGCUAACAAGAGAAUAAGGAAGCGUAAGCGCAGGACGCAGUUGGAUGAUAGCAGCAGCAGUAGUAGUAGUAGCGAGAGCAGUUCUUCAGAAGAGAGCGGAAACGAGGAAGAGAAGGAAGAGAAGGGAGAGAAAGUCGAAAAGCUUGCAUUGGAGAAGUCAUCAUCUGAUAGCGACAGCGAUAGCGAUAGUAGUGACAGUUCGAGCAGCUCAGAUAGCAGCUCAGGAAGCAGCAGUGCACCAUCAAUUAGAGUUAAAGGAAAGAAGAAGACCCAGCAUAGCGUUACACAACAACAGCAAAGACAGUCACUCUCCCCUCAGCCUUCUACCGCUAACGACGCUUUCAUUCCUACAUCAAUUUUCAACGAUAGCGGUGCAUCGCUAUCACUCGAUGGCGAUAAAAAGACUGAGAACCCAAUUAGAACAGCUUUCAGAUCUCACUGGAUGGCUACCAUAGCUGAUAGCUUCUCGGGAGACCUCGAGAAAUUGAGCACAGAACCACACAUGAAUGGUGAUAAAUUGAAGUUGCUUAUUGGUGCAUUAAGUACAAAUAACACCGCUAUACAGGAUGAUGAGGUCGAUUUAGUCCUCUCGGAGACAAAGAAUAGAGAUCAAGAUCAAGAUGUAAAAAUGGAAGAGUAA